UGUUUAAAAUAUGCCGAUCCUAUGCAUAUUUGUUAUAGGUUCCAAUAUAACAACAUGAACUGAAAAUUUAUGUAUAUUGUAACAGUCUAAGAGCAGGCAGCCCAGGCCCUGAGACAGUAACCUUUCAAUUCCUGAACAUCUGGCAGGUUUCCCAAGUUAAGUGUGAAUUCUAAUCUCAAGAUUGCUUCCACCUCUAUGUACUCCUCCCCCUUCAAACCUAUAUACUCUGCUGUGCUGAGCUUUGAGAAGACUUUUUGAAGACUGCAGUGCCAAGCAGCGAGUAUCUGAAUAAAGAGAAACUUCUGCUUCAAGAUAUCCAAAAACGUCUCCUGGUCUCUAAGAAAAAAUUCACAACAGUUUUGGUGCCGUGACCCGGAUAGAGCUUCUCGCCAGACAUCGUUCCAGACUGAAUUCCAGAAACUUUUUUCAGCUCAACAACGAUUUGGUGAGUGUUACUCUAUUCAAAGAACCACUACAGACCAGUACAUGUGGUUAGCCUCUGCGCCGCCAGAGAAGUGUUAACAAACAGCUGCAGGGUUUGGUUAACAGACUAGUUAUCCUCUAUUCAGCUAGAGAAGAUUAGCAUUACAUGCUAAUAUCUGUUAUCCUCUGUUUCAGGCAGAGAAGGUUAGCGUAAAGUGCUAGUAGUUUAUGUUCAGGAAUCCUCUGCUUUGCCAGAGAAGGUUGAAUACAUGAUAAUGUGUAUUAACUAGGUUUUCCUCUGCUUUGCCAGAGAAGGUUAACAACAGUUGUUCUGUGUUAACAAAUUUAUCCUCUGCUUGCCAGGGAGGUGUUAGAAGUGUAUUGUUGUGUCAGAAAAAACAUUAAAAAAUGUUGAGAAGGAAUGCUAGGUUGAUUCCAACAACUGAGAAGGGUGGACUAGCUACCCCUUUAUGGACAGACAGUGAGUUCAAAUCAUUGUUAGGAGAGCACAUGGACUCAAUAGUGACAGAGUCAGUCAGAUCGGAUUUAACAAAGAAAUUUGGUUUUGAUCCAGAAAAAGUAUGGUCAGUUGAAGAAUGCAAAAAGGUACUUGGAGCAUGUAUCCAAAAAACAUUAAAGGCAUUAUCUGCUGCCGCAGAGAAUUUACCUUAUCCUUAGCACAAGAACAAGCUCAGUGUAUUGCUACGUUAAAAGAACAAAACAAACAGCUGAACACGCGAGUGUCCUGUCUCACUAAAAAGGUGGGUCAUAACAAGGCCUCAACCAAAAGUGACUCAAACGACCAACAGUCAGAUGAAAGCUAUCCUGACUUUCAGUCUUUGUGUAGACAAGAGGACAAAUGCAAAACUAGAAGGAUAGAGAAAGAUUCAGCAAUUUCAGUUGAAGUAUGUGGAGCAAGACAAAGGGCUCAGAGUAGGGUAGAAGGGGUUGAAACUGUUCCAUCUGCAACUCCCAGACUCCAGUUACAAGCAGUCCGUACAGCGCUAGGACCCAAAGAUAUAGAGAGACUAUCUCAGAGCUUACCCUCAGCACGCACAAAUUUUUCUGAAUUUAGAAGAGCAUUGACUAGCAAAAUGCGUCUCUACGACAUGUCGUUAGCAGAAGUCACACAGCUGAUGUCACAAAUUCUAACUGAAUCUGAAUUCAACAAUUUUGAAUCUGCUGUUACUUCUGAACUACAACAUGCCAGUAAAGCGGAUUUGAGAGAAGGUGUUUCGAAAAUUCUAAAGAAUAUCAUGGGACGCAAAGUAGACUGGUCCAGAAUCACUAACUGUGUGCAAAGGGAAGAAGAAACUGUGAAUGAAUACAGUGAAAGGUUCUGCCAGACAGCUGUAACUUACAGUGGAAUAGUUGAUAAUUCUGAAAGUGUGCUAGAUGACAAGGGACCCUUAGUCCGCAUCUGGUCAGACGACUUUUUGAAGACUGCAGUGCCAAGAAGCGAGUAUCUGAAUAAAGAGAAACUUCUGCUUCAAGAUAUCCAAAAACGUCUCCUGGUCUCUAAGAAAAAAUUCACAACAGUACGCACACAACUCUUUACCGGUGUCGGCUAUGGGCCUGUCUCCAUCUGA